AUGUAAAGGUAUAAAUCUGAAGAAAGUGAUGCAAAAUUAAAGUCAGUUUAGUUGCCUUCAAUUAAGCAAGGUCAUACUGUUUUAGGUGCUUCUGAACUUGAAUAAAUUAGAUCACAUAUUAGUCUCACUGAACAAAAAUCUAAGAAAAGUAUUGACAAUAACCAAAGGGUUUGGGCAUAGAGAAUUGAGAAACAAAGAUCUUAGAAGGAGAAGGAGAAGUUCGAGAAAUUUUAGAUUGAGGAGGAAGAGAAAAGGAAGAUGGACAAGGUUGAAACUGAAUAUCAGGAGAAAUUAAAGUAGGAUUAAGUUGUUGAUGCUAAUAACAAGAUAUUUAGUCAAAGGGGAGAUGUACGCAAUAUGAAGUCAAAAAUGCUAAUGAGUGAGAAUGAGAAAAUUAAUGAUGCUCUUUUUCGGUUUAAUAAGGAAAGGCAAGAAAUGCAAAUGACCCUUGAAGCUGAAAGGUAAAAGGAUCUUGAAGAGAAAAGGUUAAUGGAAGAAUAAGCUGAGUUAGAGACGACUCAAUAAAAAGAUUAAUUAAAGAGAGAGAAUUAUGCUGUCUUAGCAAAAUAACAUAAUGAGAUGAAGGAGAAGUAUUUUAAGGAAUAUACAAAAUUGCAAUAGGAAGGUUAAUUGAUAAAAAGAUAAGCAGAACAGGAAGAAUAGGAAAAAGAAAAGAAGAAGCAGGAGGAGAUGUUGAAGAAGUAAAAACUAUUAGCAGAAAGAUAGAAAUUUAUGGAAGUUAAAUAAUCUAUACAGGAAGAGGAAUAUAAAAUGUUAGAUAAGGAAGCAAAGGAUAGAGAUCAUUUUGAUAGUAAAAAGGAAAGAGUUCUAGAGAUGAGAAAAUAAAGAGAAGCAUAAAAAUUAGAGCGUUAAAUGCAACUUAAAUAAAAGAUAUAUGAUAUGAGAGUAGUGCAAUUGAAAGAAUAAGAAGAUAAUUAUAUGCAAAUAGUUCAGAAGCAUGCUGAGGAGUUGUAAAGACACGAGGAAGAAGUAGUAAGACAAAAGGAAUUGGAGAAGAUUUAAAUGAUAAAAGAGGGAGCAGCUUUUCGAUAAAGAUAAUUGAAGUUGAGGGAAACUGCCAAAGAGAAGGAUGAGGUUGAUGUACAAAAAGAGUAGGUGACCAAAAUAAAUGCAUUGCAAUAAUUGACUGAAAUAGAAGAAUAAUAAAAAGAAAUCCUGAGAUAACGCAAUAAAGAAUUACUGGAUUAUUAGAAAAUUUAAAUAGAACAAAAAAAAUAAGCGAGAAGGGAUUAAUAUAUGAAUGAACUUAAGUAAUCCAAAUAAAUGGAAUAGAGGGCUUAAUAGGAUAGAGAUACAUUUAUAAGUUGGGCGAAAUAGUAGGUUGAGGAAACAAGAGAACAAGGUUUGAAUUUAUAUCCUUUAAUGAAAGCAUUCAAAUUAUGAUUUAAUUAAAGUUAACAAAAUAAAA